AUGUGCAAUUUCUCGCGGUCGGCGCCGGCGCUCUGCAUGACGGCCGCCUUCACCCGCACAAAUCGCAACGUUCCAUCGCCUGGCUCCCGCGCCAGGGCCAAACUAAGCCCGGACAUGAUAUCGCAAGCAAAACGCAAGACACUUUCGUCUCAUGCCGCCGCCGUCCACGACAAGCUCACUGCUUUAACGAAGUCACCGCAGCACGCACACCACAGCAUCGUCUGCUUUACCACGCCGUGGUUGCAAUUGCAGUUGGGCUCGCUCGACUGCACCACUACAGCGAGUCACAGACACGCGGGCUGA